UCUUCCCUUCUUUGCCCCGCCUGCUCCCUUUGCCAAGAACACUGAACAGGAAGAAGGUAUUUCUUGGGAUUGCUGCCAAGGCAGAGACUGUGAAGAAGGAAGAACACUGCCUGAGCAGAAGGAGCAUAUUCUCAGGAGACGGGGCCCCUGCCAGCCACACCAAGUAUUAGGCCACCAGGAAGACCCCCAUUUGCAAGCCAGCCCAGCCUUCCAGAGAAAAAGAGGCCCCUGCAGCUCCUUCGUCAUGAACUGGCACAUGAUCAUCUCUGGGCUGAUUGUCAUGGUGAUUAAAGUUGUUGGAAUGACCUUCUUCCUACUUUAUUUCCCACAGAUUUUUAACAAAAGUGACAAUGGUUUCACCACCACCACCACUGGGAGCUAUGGAACAGUCUCACAGAUUUUCGGGAGCAGUUCCCCAGGUCCCAACAGCUUCCUUCCCACAGGGAGCUAUGGAACAGUCUGCCCGAAAGAGUGGGAAUUUCAUCAAGGAAGAUGUUUUUUCUUAUCCACUUCUGAAUCAUCUUGGAAUGAAAGCAGAGAGUUUUGCGAAAGAAAAGGAUCCACAUUGGCAAUUGUCAACACGCUAGAGAAACUGAAGUUUCUUCAGGACCUAACUGAGGCUGAGAAGUAUUUUAUUGGCUUAAUGUACCAUCGUGAAGACAAAAAGUGGCGUUGGAUCAACAACUCUGUGUUCAAUGGCAAUGUUACCAAUCAGAAUCAGAAUUUCAACUGUGUGACCAUUGGGCUCACGAAGACACUUGAUGCUGCAUCAUGUGACAUCAGCUACCGCAGGAUCUGUGAGAAGAAUGCCAGAUGAUCACAGUUCCCUGUGACAAGAACCAUACUUGCAACUCUUUCUGAAUCCAUGCAGGUCAUCUGGCCAAAGAUUCUUUUACCUAUCUGUCUACCAGUAGCAGUCCUUGCCUGUUUAGGAAACCAAGCUUCUUUCUUCUGCACCGGGGGACUGGAUGCUAGCCAUCUCCAGGAGACAGGAUCAGUUUUAUGGCAAGAACUCAGUUGGUAUAGAGACGAGGUCUGCUUCUGUAGCACUGAGCAUUUCUGACUGAUCAAAAGAGCCUACUCUACUGGCAGAGUUUGUUUUAUUUUAGUCUCAGAGUACGUACCAUACUACCAGGGAGCAACUGUAGACUGAGGAAUUGUAAACAUUAUUUAAUGAGUAGCAUGGUAGAAGAGGGAUAAACGUAGCCCCUGUGACCUCAUCUCUGUUCUCAACAGAACCCCAUUCACAUGCCCCUUUCAACUCCACAAGCUGGGGUAGCAGCUCUCCUCAGUCUGAACUAAGGUUGUGCCUUGGGGAGGGCUCCUAGUGCUGAGCUUGGAGCACAGACAGCAGCACCAUUUAUGGGAAUGGAGAGAGGUCUGGGCAGGAUAGGAACCUUCUUGGGGACCCCUUUGAAGAAAUCUAGACAGCCAAGGAAACCAAACACACUAGAUUUCUUUUCUUCAGCAAAGCCCUGAAGAGACAUUCAAGCUAAAAAUUCCCUUGUCAUAUUUCUGAAAUCCCAUCAUAACAUAUGUAAUUCCUUUGCAACCAAAUUUUAGGUAAGCAGACAUCAUUUGCUCUGAAGGUUUUGAGUACCUGGCUAUAUUUGUUGAGUAUGUUUUAAGAAUUUUGGAUAGACUUUUGGACACUAAUAAUCACAAUACAUUUGUCCCUUCUGUUAUAGAGAGCCUGACACCAGGCACAGCCUACUGACCCCAAGGAGCCUGGCACUGGUUGGCAUCACAUUGAUCUAGAACUGGUCCAGCUGACAAAGCAGUAGAAAAAGAGGAGGGCUGCUCAGGAAAGCAUUGGCUGGGGGCAAGGAGGAAGCAUAUAGUAGAAAAGGAACAUCAGGGUCAAGUAGAAAUCACCUGAGACAAGAAAUGAGUUCAUUUGGCAACACGGAAAGAAAGGCAAGAAAGAGGAAGAAAAGUAUUGUAGUACCCUGGCUGUCCUCUACACUCACAUGACAUCAGCUACAUACCCUGCUUGGUGCAUGAGAAAGAGAAAAGAGAUGUCUUGUGUAUUCUGAGUAACAAUAAUUAAACCAUAAGGAAGACCAUGUAUAAAACUAAAGAAAAUAAUAGUCACCGAAAUAUACUGCUUACCAUUUUGUCUCUAAUAACAAUGAACCACAGUAAUUAUUGUACAUAUCAUUCUAUGCAUACCAAACUAAAUUGUUGUAAAUUAUGUUUUUUAUUACAACACUAAGUUCUCUUUCUGCA